AUGCUUUUCUGCCAUAAUAAACCAGGGGAGGAGGCCAUGAACGAGCCUUCUGCACGGACCUCAUCCUGUGAGUGCUGGUCUUGCAUAGGCAAGACAGGGAGUGGCGACUCCCAUCACCGUUUGCCGUGAGGGGAAUUUCAGGCAGACAUUAUAUGUGGCUCUCUGUUUAAUUUCUUAGGCAAAUAGGAAACUACCCAGCAUAGGCUAAUCCAGGCUUUCCCAAAUUUGGGUCUCCAGCUGGUUUUGGACUAUAAUUCCCAUCAUUCCCUGACCACUGGUCCUGGGAGCUAGGGAUGAUGGGAGUUGUAGUCCAAAAACAGCUGGAGACUCAAGUUUGGGAAGCUAUGGGCUAGUCAUCCAUUAGAGCUAAUAGGGCACUGCCCCACCAACUUCAAGAGACCUUCAAGCAGUCCCUGCCACCUUGUUUUUGCAAUGAGUCCAGGUAUCGGGAUGUUGUCAGCGGCUCUUGGCUGGUUGCCCAGGAAAGUAUAGAGACAAGGAAAAGUUUCUUACAGUUCUUUUUUAUUUCAGUCUUUACAGAGAGAGGCUAUAGAACCCAGCUUCUUGGAUAAUGGUGCUGUCCCAAGUGAAUCUCCACCCCCACCCCCGUCUCUCCCACUUCCUCCUUCCUCAUUCUCAUCAUUUCCUCUACGGGUGCUGCUACAUUAAGUUUACCAGAUUUUUUUCAAUGAAUCCAGGGACACUUUUCAACUUCAAUGGAUUUUGUAUGGGGACUGAUCUGUAAAUCCGGGGACUGUCCCCAGGAAACGGGGACGUCUGGUAACCUUACGCUACAUGCCCUCUGUCUUUGAGCUCUUUGCUCUCCUGCUUUUAAGGCUCGCCUGGUUCUGGAAGAUGGAGGGUCGGGAAUGCUUUCUAAUGACAACCAGUCAGCUGGGUGUUGCUGUGGCUCUCCCAUGAUUUCCCAGCUUUCCCCCUCAUCUGCCUCUGAGCUGCGACCUCCCUCAAAGCCCUGUUGUAAAUCUACACAGUCUUCCUCUUCCUCCUCCCUGGAAGGGUCAGGGUGGGGAGGCGGUCUCCACUAUUCCUCUUCUGCCCAGUCUCUGACCCCAGGGGGUGGGUGGGUUUGCCUGUCCUUGGCUCUGGUUGCCUUUCCUUCUUCCCUAUCGUUCCCAGUGGGCACAAGCCAACACUGAAACUGGCUUAUACCAGGUAGUACCAUCAAGGGGGCAGGAGAGGAGGAGGAGGAGGAGGAGGAGGAGGAGAAGGAGGAGGAGAAGAAGAAGAAGAAGAAGAAGAAGAAGAAGAAGAAGAAGAAGAAGAAGAAGAAGAAGAAGAAGAGCAGCUACUCUGACUCACUGGGACGAUUCCCAGCCAAUCUUCCCACAAAGCAAUCAACGUUGGCUUCAGCUGGAUCAUCUGCUCUAACAAGUAGGCCUGGGAUUGUACAACAUCAGUUAACCAUGUGCAGCAGAAGCCUAAUUAGUUUCUGGAAACUUAUCUAG